AUGGGUGACGCUCACCGGAGAGUAGGGGACUUCGUCCGCCUCUUCUCGGAUGCCUUCUACUCCCAGGAAGGAUCGUCCCUAUCGCCCCUCCUCUCCGUCUCCUCCUCUUCCACAUCGCCUUUUCUUCUCUCCGUCGCCGACGGGCUCGCCGCAUUCCAGGUAAGUGGGAGGAGGUGGAGCAUUUCUCUGGAGCUCUUUUCUCUUUCUCAUGUCGGGGGAUGACCGGCGCAGUUGGAUGAUCAGGAUUGGGGCAGGCUGUUGAAGCAGGUUGACGGCCAACUGGAGGACAUCCUCAGUCACCUCCUCCGCGCCGUUCAAAGCUUUCGCGCUGGUCGCUUUAUGGAUGCGUACAUUGCCUUUGAGAAAUCCGCAAAGUUGGUUCCCCUCUUUUGGGUUAUUCCCGGUCUUUACCGUGUUUUUUUAACUUGCAUUUGCAUAUUCGACUGACUUCCCAGAACGCCAGCGCUUUUCUUCAAGAAUUCCGAAACUGGGAGUCUGCGUGGGCGCUGCAGCCUCUGUACACUAUCGCCUAUGAGAUCAGGGUGCUCGCUGAGAAGGUACUUGCAUGCUUCCUGUCUCUCCAUAUUUGACGACUAAAAUCUUGAGUUUCAUCUCUGAAACCUUUUUCCCUCUUUCAUUUCAAAAACCUGUGAACAGACUCUCAGAAAUCAUAUUCUCAUGUCCUUUUUCCGGCACUUAGAAAUUUGUCACAUAUCGCAGGCUGACUGGGAACUAGGUUCACUUGGAAAAAACCCAGAGAAGCUUAAAGGAGCGGGUUCAUACUUGAUGAAGGUCUUUGGGGCCCUUGCUGUGAGUCUUCUUUUCGAGUCCUUUAUAUCUUUUCUUUUUGGUGGACACCAUUGUCAAAAUUCUCUCUUGCUUAUUACAUGGCCAUGUUAUCACUUUCCUAGGAAUCAUGUGCCUUGAACUUGAGAUGUUUUUAUGUGUCAAAUACCCUCUUUUGUCUAUCAUCAGAAUAACGUAGCUCUUUAUUGUGCAUUUCUAAUGAGGUGAUUCACCUGAUGCAUAAGAUGUAAAGAUAGAGAUUGCUAGGUAUCCUGCAUAAUGGAUAGGUUAAAGAGGCCACGAUAUCACUCGUUGAAAAAAUUGAAAAUUUGAAACAACAAGGGUUGGGAUCUAUGAUAUGGUGGGUUUCAUAUUUUCUCAACAUUAAAUUUUUCCUUGGCCAAAUGCUUGAAAUAAACGUCAUAUAUCUCAAUUGCGCUACCUAUCUCUCAAUGGCUCUUCUGUUUUCUUUUAGCAUUUUUUAUGAUUGUCGUUGUGCUUUCAUCAUCUCCUUGACUGAAAGUCUUCCUAGAAGAUGCUUGUAAAAUUUUGUAUGGAACUUCUUUGCAUUUUGAUCGUACUCUGCACAAUGUUAUAGAAACUUUUGAAAGUUACCCUUGAGCCUUCUCUACUUGGGUGUAAUGAAGAAUGUAGUUUCUACUUUCUACCCAUUAAUUAGUCUCGAAAUCUUUUGAUAUGCCUCAAAUUCAAAUAUUUCUUCAACUAAUCACUUUGUAUCAAUUUGUAAUGGGCUGACAUUAUGUAAGGCAGUUUGUUGAAAAACUGAUAUAUAAUUUGGGUCAUUCAUUGGAUCUAACUUUCCCCGCAUCAAUGGGAUAGGAAUUCAGGAUCAUUAUUGUUGAACCUGGCAAGUUGAUUUUUUUCAAGAAGAUGAUAAUUUUUCUUCUGAUCUAUGCUGAUUUUAUUUAAGAAUGUUUGAUCAGUAAGAGCAAGUUUUAAAAGGAAAAAAAGCCGUAUUAUUUGACACAUUCAAUCAUUUCAGCAAAGAUGUGCAGCAAAUAAGCCGUAUUUUAUGUUGAAAUUUGACGUAGUGUCCGAAUGUGGGACUUGUGAUCAUCAAGUUUCGACAACCAUUUAGUAAAGGCUGACACAUUGCCUCUAAAAUCGAAACCAGAAUUGCAUAUGGUCAAUGUAAAUGUUGGCCCAAAGUAUAGAUUGAAUGGUGAGUAUAAACAACAUGCUGAUAAAUGUUGGCUCUUACCAGAAAGGAAGCAAAAUACUGAAAUGAAAUCCUAGGAGAUUAAUGGCUAUAUUCUGAACAGUCUAGAAUUAUAUUGGGUGAAGACUGAGGUCUCAUUCUAGUCUUAAGAAUAAUCAAUUUUGUUGAAAAAGUUCAAAUCAGUAAAACAAAAAGUGACAACUCUCUUUAAGUUUUGAAGAUUCGAGUCUGGCCUAAGUACAAGGUUAAUGGUCUAGUUCUUUUACCUUGUUGAAGUAUUAUUUGAUAUUCUUGUUCGUUGCUGAGCAUGGGUUGAAAUAUAAACGAAGUUUUUUUAGCAUACUUAGGAACCUAUCUUAUAGGCUGCAGUAAAAUAAGAUAUGAAAAAUUCUCAGGUGAGCUUGGGAAAUGGAAAAAUCUAGGUUUGAUUUAAUCACUGUAGCACUCCCGAGUUAUUUCUGAUCUUGACGUUCUUUUUUUAGGCAUACAAUUGAUAUCCGAUCUAUUUAUCCCUUCUAGUUAUGCCACUCUUGCCUAGAGCCGACAGUAAUUAUUAAAAUAUUAGGAAGAACAGAUGCUCAGGACAGUCUGAGAAGUGAAGGUGCAUUCAUACGUAAGAUCAUCAGAAAAACAUUGAGAGUAAACGUAUUGCACAAAUAAAAAACAAGUUUUGAAUGUUUCAUGAAUGAAGCUCUUUUUGAGGUAUAUGGUACAUGGAUGUGGAUAACUAGUGUCUAGCAUUAAGAUAUACUUAGCAUGUGUUUAAACAUUAAAAAUAAAGCAUCUUCAUGAGACAGCAAGAGUAGCGAAUAUUAUGAUUCCUCUCUUAAUGAUUAUGCGUGUUUAGUGCCUCUUGCUUAUUAUUUUUUGAAAUGCUUUGAUUUUGAUUUUAAUACUGCCUCUUGAAUAAGCUCUCUCUCUCCCAGGGCAGAAAAUUGACUGCUGAAAAACUCUUGCUAUCAAUGGCAUUCUACUGGCUAAAAAAUGAUGAACAUCAUUUGAUUUCUACUUUGGAUUUUUUGUUUUAAUACUGUGAUCCACCCUCAUGAGUUCAUGCGGGGAGUUAACCUUCUAAUCAGUUCUUUUUGUUACCAGUAUCAGAUCUGAUUUGAAGCUGUAGACGAAUUUAGGUUGUUUUGACCAUAUACGUUAGCUUAUAUGAUGAGGGAGCUAUCAGGACAGACAUUCAUAUUAUGGGUUCUGCACCAGACACUUUCUCUUUUUCUUUUGUCUAAGGACAGGUUUUGAUUCUCAGAAUGGAAGAGCACUUCUAUUCGUAAUUUGAGCUAAGGUUACUAAUAAUCGGAAUAAAAUGGCAGGAAUUCGUUAGCUUUUACUUAACUAAUUUUGCGAAAUUAAUGGUGGAGUGCUUGAUGUUUGUGACGAUCAGUCACAUUGCAAUGUUAAAAUCCACUGUUUAUGAAUAUAUCGGCAUUGCCUCCCUUCAUGGGGAAAACUUUUUUGCUGGUGUGGUUUCUUUCUCAGUCAAGAAAGCAAAAAAUUGUCAUACUGGAAACAGUGAACUCUAGUAGGUACUGUAGAAAAGGGAACCUCUGUCAUGGAAUAGCAAAUGGUAAUUCCUUUCAUGUUACAGUCGAAACAUGAAAUUAUAAACAGUUGUUAUGAAGAUAUUCAAUAACUUCGAUCCUGUUUAUUUGUUUAAUGAAAGUUUUUGUAAUGCAUAACUCUUUAUUGUCUCAUUGCAUUCUAUGUUGAAUUGUUUGGGGGAAUUUUCGCAGAGUAAAGGACCUAAACGAGUUGGUGCUUUACAUGUGACUUGCCAGCUAUUCAAAAUAUAUUUUAAAGUGAGUUCCCAUCGGUUGUAAAUUUUAUGGGGCCAUUUUAUUUCCAUGUUGUAAGUAUGUAGUGCUGUGCCAUAAAUUUGACUAAUUCUUUACGUAAACCCUUUUAUAGCUUGGUACUGUCCAUUUGUGUCGAAGUAUUAUAAGGAGUAUUGAAACGGCCAGGAUUUUUGAUUUUGAAGAGUUCCCAUUGAGAGAUAAGGUCUAAUUUAUUUGUUAUUCCUCUUUGAACGGUUCCGUAGUCUUAAAUGGACAUUACAGGGCAUCUUUUAGAUAAGCUGAUUAAACCUUCAUUUCAGGUCACGUACAUGUAUUACACUGGACGCCUUGAAGUCUACAACGAAAAUUUUCUGGCUGUAUGUGACAAAAACCUUUGAACUGUGUAAUGUUUUGCUAUUCAUUGAAGUUCUAUGAAGUUUGCUAGAAUUACGAUUUCAGUGCAGUUUAACAUACGUAACCCAGUAAUGAAAGCAUAUAGACAAGUGCUAGAAUGCUAGGACCUAGAAUCCUUCUCUUCUGCAAUUUUUUGCCUUAUAUCCAUUGACGUUUGCUUUGAACAUUUUAAAUAUUUCCUCUGUAACUAUCCCUUUUCGUGGUUAUAUAUUAUGCUGUGUCUUUUUGCGUUUCACUAAUAUUCUGCUUUUUCCAAUAUUCAUGUUAGGGUUUAGGGUUUUCACCCUUUUUCUAAACUUUGUGGACAUUCAUAUUUUGUUUAAUUUUCGAAUAUUAUGAUAGUUAAUGGCAUUGUGAACUAUUCCAUAGUAGAUUGUGAAAUUCUACUAACACCAUCUAUUAAGUAUAUGCUGUACUGGCUGUAUGACUGGAAUGCAUUUGGUAAUUAACAAGUGAGCAGUUGAAAUUCUUCAUACUGAUACUCCUUGGUGAUACAGGCUGAACAGAAGUUGAUGUACGCCUUGUCACAUUGCAAUUUCAGACGAGAAGCCAACAUAAGGUUUUUCCCCUCUAAGUGUUGACAUUAGUUUCAGAUAAUGCUUAUUCAAUUUUUUGCUGCACAAUACGUAUAAUUUCGGAUAUAAUUUGAACAUUCUGGUCUGUGUAUUUUUAUUUCAAAUCGGUAUGUAUGUCCUGUAAAAAUGCUUCUUGUAACGGUCCAGAAAUUUCUACACUGAUUUUGAGAAUACAUCUCUUGUGUAUACAUUUGUUUCCAGUCUAUGUGUAUGUCCUGUAUAAAGACUUCUUAAGGUAAUUCUGUGUUGACAAAGGCUUUUGAUAUUAGGAUUUUUUAAGUUAACCUUUUCGUUGAAGAAAUUUUUUAUCUUAGAUUUUUCUUUUCCCUCUUUUGAAAGAAUCUAUGAUCCCCUAGGCCUUUCUGAAUAAGAAUGCAGAUCCUCAUCAAUUAUGACCUGCUUGCUAUGUGGUCUUUGCAGUAGUCUUAGUUGUCCACUGUAGCUGAAUUCCCGUUCUUCAGAUCUAGAUAAGUGGGACCUGUUCUUCAGAUCAAGGAUUCCUUUCAUUUGGUUUGUAUGAAAUUAUUAAGUCCUACCCUACGACAUUAACCAUUAUGUUAUUGUUUUUUUUUCUAUUUCAUGCUAUGCCUCACGUUCUUCUUCCAAGGACUAUGUCCAUUUUUAACACACUUUGCAGUAUCUUUUGAGGUAUAUUGUAUGGAUGGAUAUUGCACAUGAGAGCUAUUCUGCUCAUUAAAUUUUUUAUCAUAUCUGUCUUAGUCGUACCGUUUCACAGGGCAAAACUUGAUUUCCUAAUCGCCCUUUUUCACAAGUUGCUGCUUUUUAUUUGACUAUUCAAAUCCUGAUGAACUUAGGCUUUGAGUUAUGAGUUGGGGUUAUGGCAUGCUAUAUGGGUGGAACAGAAAGGUUGAUGAGUGACUUCUUGUUAUUCGCUAAAUCAUUAUUUUGGUAGAUUAUUAAUAACAAAUGAUGAUUUGCAGAACUAUUACAUGCAAAAUUAAUGAUCUACGUGAUAAAAAUCACAUAUUAUGCUUCAUUUAAGAGCCUCCUGUCAAAUUCUAGAGAUCCAAACUUUUUAUAGAUUGUUGAUCAUAUCUGACGAAUGAUAUCACUUGUGAAAAUAGGAUGAUUCUGAAGUACCUUAUUCCUGUAAAGCUUUCAUUGGGAAUUUUGCCGACAGAGUUUCUAAUAGAAAAGUAUAAUUUGGUUGAGGUAAGUGUGUUUUCUUUUAUCUUGUCGCAUGACCUUUCAAUGUUCUACAUUUUGUAGAAAUAUUUUGGAUGGUGUUUUUUGAGCUUUUGUGCACUAUAAAAUAUUUUAUUCAGUGAUCAGGCCUCUUCACUAAGACCCAGACAAGCUGAACUUUAUCCAUAAAUCCCAUACAGAUGAAAUAAAACUUGGCUGAACAUAGGCAUCUAACCUUUCUGCAAAUCAGCCACCUCAAACCUCCUGAUGCUCUCUCAUCCCCCAUGACCCUUGCCCAUCAACAAAAUAAACUGGCUAUUUGGGGAAACAAGGUGAUCCAUUGAAGGCAGACAUGAAUACAUUUUCUUGGGCAGAUGAAAUUUUGUUUCAACAACAGUUGUUGAAGAGGGGUUGUGGGUUGUCCUUAUGUAAUUAAGACCCAGGUGGUGCACUCUUUGUAUGAAGUGGUCGGAUGCUCAUUUUUGCCGUUAUAAUUGUUAAGAUGGGACUGCAGUGCAAAACAUUUUUACCGCUAUAGAAUGUUUGAUGAAAAUGUGUUAUCCUUUGAUCACUUGCAGUGCGAGUGUUUUUCUGUUGUUUCCAUACAACCAUAAUACCAUGGAAUUAUUAUUCUUUGAAGCUGGUACUUGGAAUUUUAAUGUGUUCUAAUUUUCUCAGUACACAAGAGUUGUGCAAGCACUGAAGAGAGGUGAUAUCCGUCUCCUCAGGGGUGCCCUUCUAGAGCAUGAAAACAGGUCUGCAGCUUUAAUGUGACGUAAAUCUCGUGAUCUAGGAAUUCUUAAUCUGACUCGUUUAGUUUAACAGAUUCUUGAAAUCAGGAGUCUAUCUCGUCCUUGAGAAGCUAGAGCUCCAAGUCUAUCAAAGACUGAUGAAAAAGAUGUGUGUUUCUCUUUAGGGGCCCAUUGAAUUUCUGACUGCAACUGAUAGAUGUGAUUUAACACGAACUAUUUAUUUGCAGUUACAUGCUUCAGAGGCUGAAGGAUCCGAGCAAAGCCCAUCAGGUGAAGAUGGAAGUCGUCGUCAAAGCCUUGAAGUGGCUCGAAAUGGAUGUGGACAUUGAUGAGGUACAACCUGGAACUCUUCCUUCUUCGUUACCCUCGAUUUUAAUCUUGAUUCUUCUAGGUCGAGUGCAUAAUGGCUAUCUUGAUAUACAAGAAUCUCAUGAAAGGCUACUUUGCUCACAAAAGCAAAGUAGUAGUUCUCAGUAAACAAGAUCCUUUCCCCAAGUUGAAUGGCAAGCCUGUUGGUGCCUGA